AUGCAUUUAACAUCUUUAUCAGCUCUCUUCACAACAAUACUUUUUGCAUUUCUAUCCCUUUCCGAGGCAGCGCUGCCAGGAACGUGGCCACUUCUUGAUAAACCUCCUCCUAUGAAACCAGAGUGGGCUUCUUUGGUUAACAUACAGCAACUACCAAAAGCUCCCAUACAAACCACUCUGGCUGGGAAUUGUUCGCAGGCUGCACAAUUCUGUAUAUGGUCAUGCAAUACUUGUACGCGAAGCGCAUCGGAUAUCGUAACUUGUCCAGGAACCAAAGAAUGGGGGAUCAGCUAUGAUGAUGGUCCAUCACCUUACACACCAGCACUUCUCGAUUUUUUAAAGCAAACCAACACUAAAGUCACCUUUGCCGUCAUUGGUUCGCGUGUCGUCGAACGUCCUGAGGUCCUCCAACGUAUCAAGGACGAAGGACACGAAAUAGUGAUACACACGUGGUCACAUCCGUCACUUACUACUGUAUCGACACAACAAAUCAUUGCCGAGCUUAAAUGGACCGAGUUGGCGAUUCAAACCGCCGUCGGGUUGACUCCCAAGAUAAUGAGACCUCCGUUCGGUGACAUAGAUGAUAGAGUAAGAUCUAUAGCAACUCAGUUGGGUUAUAAAAUUCUAUUGUGGGAUCGUGACACUUUCGAUUGGAAAUCGGCCAGUGAUCCUAGUUUCCAGCCCUCUUGGAUUCCGGGCAAUUUCACGCAAUGGGUAACUGACGGGAAUAGUCACAUUUCGCUUGAACAUGAUUUAUAUCCAAUAGGUGCUCAAAAUGCUCCUGCAGCCAUAAAAAUUGUUCGAAAUGCUGGAUACACCAUAAAGCCCGUGUCUGUGUGUACUGGAAUGCCAGCAUACGUUCAGAACGUUCAACUUGUUGCAAGCGGACCGGCGCCGCCUAACACUACUGCUAAUGGUACAGAUGGUACCGCCAAUACGGCUUCAACGAAUGACACAUCUAACAAUUCGUCGAGUUCAUCGGCUUUUGGUUCUCACCAUUUGUUAUCAUCUGUAUUAUUAUUGAUUGUAAUUUCUAUGGCUAUUUCCACUUUAUGA